AUGAAAGCCGCGGAAAGGAAUGCGCACGUGAGUAAUCGGAGGCCGCCGUUACUGGUGACGAAAAGGAAGGGAGCUAACCCCACUGGCCAUGCAAGACAGAGCAGCUUCAAAAAACCAACCGCAGAAGAACGAAAAGAUGCACUGCAGAUCAACAUUAAAAGAGCCGACACCGCAAACAUCACCGAUAGGACGGUAAAGGAAAAAGACACCCCAAUGAUGCUCCAUAAAAGUGACAAGAAGAAAGACAAAGCGGUGAAUGGGAAGAAGAAGGAUAAAGGAAUGCACAAUGCUACACCUCCCCACCUGAGUAGAAGCCAUAGAAAGAACAACACCGGUGUGGAAAAGUCACAUGUGAGGCCUUCCUCCCCCCACUUGGUUGAAAGUCACCGCAGUGAAGAACCACACCACCCAGUAGUAAGUGGCAACGCGACAGUUGUGGAGACUUCCUCGAGUAAAAAGAAGACGACCCACUUGGGUAAAAUUAAAAACUCAAAAAGGUACACAGAUUUUAACAAGGGGAAAAAUAUUAACGAAGAAAAGGAAGGAAUAAAAAGUAUUGUGACCUCAUGCGAAACGAGAGUGAAUUGUCAAGGGAACAGUAAGCUUCCUCAAUGCGCACCACUCAUAGAGCAAGGUCCACAAGAUGCACCUGAUCCAACCAUUCUAGGUUCAGACAAAAUAUACUCAAAUAAUGAUAUAGACAUUAUGAACCUUUGCAUAGAAGACGAAAUGAACAGAAAAGAAAAAAUUCAAAAUUUAAAAAAUAAAAUUUUAAAAAUGUAUAGUGACUUAUUUCUACACCAUUUUAGGAGGAGCCAAAAGUUGGUAAAAUCGAGUGGAAAUGCAAAUUUGAAUAUUUGCCUGAACAGGGAGAGUGUGCAUAGCUUCCUUCGCUUGACUUACAAGUAUGCAGACUAUGAGUACUGCAUGGGUUGUGUGAUGGUGUUGCUGCUUGAUCGGUUGACAAAUGCGGAGGUGGAGUUGUCUCUGGGGGAGAAGGACGAUUUGGAGAACGCUGUGCGAGCGUACAACUAUCACACGUUGGUGGCCUACCGAGGUACCUUCAAGGCAUACCACAAGUGCGCCUCGAACAGUGGCACUAAUGAAGAUUGUAACAGUGACCACGUGAAAGUUGUUCAUGAUGUGAAGGACGUGCGAUAUACGCAUGACGGGGAUGAUGUGUCCACGAAGAAGACUCUCCACAACGGGAAAAGAAAAAACAUUUGCAGAAGCAUCCGGGCCAUCAUAAAGGACAAAUUUCUACUCAACUGCGAAGCAAUAAUAAAUGUAGUGAACUGUAUUAUCUGCACGAUUAAUGAAGAGAAGGAGAAAAUAUAUUACACGCACCUCAACGCAAAUCAGUACAGAACUAUUUCAGACAUCACCGAGACGGGGGUGAAAUAUAAAUAUGAACAGCUAGCUGGAGAGACUUAUAAAAAGGCUUUUGAAUUAGCACAAGUGCAUUUAGUACCAACGGAUGUACAUUUUUUGCAGCUAGCUAAUCGUUAUAUCUCCUUCCUUUAUUACAAUGUGGGGCAAGAACAGCUGGCCCUAAAAAUCUGCACGGGGGUGUUUGAUCGCACGGCCAAUGAGCUGGGCAAUAUUAUGCAGGACCAGGGGGAAGCGGAUAGGUGUCUCCAUAUUUUGAGCAGGAUGCGCUACAAUAUAAAACGCUGGUCGAGGAAGCUUCACGGGAACAGCAUCCUCUUCCUGGACUUGUAA